AUGGUGGCGGUAAUGCAACGUGUAUUGGAUGCCAACGGCCGUUAAACCACAUCGAAGAAGAUCCCGUCAUACAGAUGUGUUUAUACCAUAUAGAAUAAUACAUUGCACGAUUCUGAUUGCUCUCACUGGAUCUCAUAAUUUGCACUUACAUUCAAACAAUUACAGAAAAUUAAUUGUUCAGAUCUACUCAGCCUACCAUGUCAGAGCCGGGUUCUGGCUGUGGUGUUCCAGCCCAGAGAAGCUCACAACAGGUUCCAGAGGCGAUGUCAGUGAAGCUGGAGGACUGCAGUCAAACACUGGAACUCAAUGUGAUUGUGAAAGAGGAGGAGGAGAGAGAAAUCAAGGAGGAAGAAAACAGUGACUCAGGAACGAGCUCCAACCCAGGCUCAGACAGCAAGCCCAGUCCCACAGCAUCAGGAAAUCAUAAACAAUGCAGACAGAAGCCCCAACCCUGCUGUAGCGACAGCUUUAUUUGUCCAACUCACCUCAAAUCACUCAAACAGACUCCCAAAAUAAAGAAGACAUACCUCUGCUCCCAAUGUGGGAAGAGUUUCAGUCGGACAGGAGACCUAAAGAGUCAUCAGAGAUCACACAGUAAAAAGAAGCCUUACCACUGCGCUCGAUGUGGGGAGGGAUUCACUCAGCUUGGAAGUCUAAAAAGUCACCAGAGAAUACAUACAGGGGAGAAGCCUUACCACUGCUCUCAGUGUGGGAAGAGCUUUAAUCGCUCAGGAAACCUUACAGAACACCAAAGAAUACAUACAGGGGAGAAGCCUCACCACUGCACCCAAUGUGGGAAGAGUUUCAGCCGGGCAGGAAUUCUAAAAAAUCAUAAGAGAACUCACACAGGAGAGAAACCUUUCCACUGCUCUGCUUGUGGGAAGAGUUUUACAAGAGAAGUAAGCCUAAAAAAUCAUCAAAGAGUACACACUGGAGAGAAACCUUUCCACUGCUCCACAUGUGGAAGGGGUUUCAGUGAGAAAGUAAAUCUUAAUAGACACGAGCGAGUACAUAGUGAAGAGAAGCCUUACCACUGCACCACAUGUGGGAAGAGCUUUAAUCAUUCAGGAAGCCUUAAGGAACACCAGAGAAUACAUACAGGGGAGAAACCUUACCACUGCACUGAGUGUGGAAAGAAAUUCCGUUUUGCAGGAGAUCUAAAGAAUCACCAGAGAUCACACAGUAGGGAGAAGCCUUACCACUGCUCUCUUUGUGGGAAGAGUUUCAAUCAACCCGGAAACUUAAAAAGUCAUCAGCGUAUACACAUAGAAGAGAAGCCUACCUGUACUGUCAAUGUGAUUGUCAAAGAGGAGGGUGAGAGGGAAAUCAAUGAUAAGGUAAAGAGAGAAGUUGAGGAAAGUAAAGGUGUAGUUGACCCAGGUACAGCAAGACUACCUGGUCGUGGGAGUUACCCCUGCCCUCAAUGUGGGAAGAAUUUUAGUUCCUCAAGUAAUCUGAAGAAUCAUCAAAGAGUACACACUGGAGAGAAACCUUUCCACUGCUCAGCAUGUGGGAAGCGUUUCCGUGAGAAAGCACACCUUAAGAGACAUGCGAGGGUACAUAGUGGAGAGAAGCCUUACAACUGCUUCGAAUGUGGGAAGAAUUUCCGUAUGGCAGAUACCCUACAGAAACACCAGAGAAUCCACACAGGAGAGAAGCCUCACCACUGCUCUCUUUGUGGGAAGAGCUUUAAUCAUUCAGGAAGCCUUAAGGAACAUCAAAGAAUACAUAGUGGAGAGAAGCCUUACCACUGCUCUCUUUGUGGGAAGAGCUUCCAUCAUUCAGGAACCUUUAAGAAACAUCAGCAAAGUCACAUUGGAGUAAAACCUAUCUGUAAUCUCAAUGUGAUUGUCAAAGAGGAGGAUGGUGACUGUACUCUCAAUGUGAUUGUCAAAAAUGAGGAUGGUGACUGUACUCCCAAUGUGAUUGUCAAAGAGGAGGAUGGUGACUGUACUCUCAAUGUGAUUGUCAAAGAGGAGGAGGAAGACCCAGAUACAUCAAGACUACCAGAUUGUGGUCGUUACCCCUGUUCACAAUGUGGAAAUAAUUUUAGUUCCUCAAGUAAUCUAAAGAAUCAUCAAAGAGUACACACUGGAGAGAAACCUUUUCACUGCUCUGCAUGUGGGAAGAGUUUCAGUGAGAAAGCAAACCUUAAGAGACAUGAGAGAGUACAUGAGAAGGAAAAGAGAGAGGUUGAGGAAGAGGAGGAAACUAGUGGUGUAGUUGACCCAAGUACACCAAGACUACCUGGUCAUGGGAGUUACCCCUGCUCUCAGUGUGGGAAGAGUUUCAGUUCCUUAGGUAAUCUAAAUAAUCAUCAAAAAGUACACACGGGAGAGAAGCCGUACCACUGCACCCAAUGUGGGAAGCGUUUCAGUGAGAAAGCAAACCUUAAAAGACACGAGAUAGUACAUAGUGGAGAGAAGCCUUACCACUGCACCCAAUGUGGGAAGAAUUUCCGUGUGGCAGAUACCCUACAGAAACACCAGAGAAUCCACACAGGAGAGAAGCCUAACCACUGCUAUUUUUGUGGGAAGAGCUUUGAUAAUUUAGGAAGCCUUAAGGAACACCAAAAAAUACAUAAUGGAGAGAAGCCUUACCACUGCACUCAAUGUGGGAAGAGCUUCAAUUAUUCAGGAAAUUUUAAGAAACAUCAAAGAAUACAUAUUGGAGAGAAUCCUACCUUUACUCUCAAUGUGAUUGUCAAAGAGGAGGAGGAAGAUGGAAAAGAGAGAGAAGUCGAGGAGAGAGUAGUGAAGGAAGAGGCUACAUAAGCUAACUAGGAAAGGAUGCUGUCUUCUGUGUCAGUAUGGGAUUGGGCAGCACCAUUGAGGGUGAUCUCCAUUUUAAAAUAGUCCAUAUCUUCUAUUUCGAUGAGUGUAUUGGAAGGUAGCAAAUAAACUGAAAAGGUACAUACCACCACCUAUUUUGGUGGAGUGUGUAUAAUCUGAACAGGUACAAAGCCAAGGUUGGUGAUUUACUGCUACUUGCAGUUAUGGAAUGUUAGCUCAGGAGUAUAAUUCAUUGGUUAACUCCUUCUGCUGACCUGGAUGGAAUUAUACAUUCCUUCCUUAACCCACAGGAAGUCCCAACAUUUUGACUACUUCAAAAUGGUGAAAGUCCUCAAUGGUGUUGCUCAUUAGACAAUACAGUGGAGAAGCCUCACCAUUGCUUUCAUUAUAGAAAAUCUCUUAUUCACUAAAGCAUUUGAUAUAUUGUAUAUGUAUGUGUGUGUAUAGAAACUGCGUUCCAGGACACAGAUUCAUGCUGGGAGUUCAUCUGACCGUGGGUUGUCGACAAUGCAGCUUUUAAAGGCAAUUUCCGACUCUGCGAACAUAUGCAGUAUUUACCGUGAAUAACAUAUACACGAUAGUGGGAACAUUGCCUUUAAAAGUCGGAUUAAAUCCCAGCUUCUGUCUAGUCAUGGUGAAAACAUUACAUCUUUCUUCCAUUUAUUUUCUUCCAUUUAGCAGAAGCUUUUAUCCAAAGUGAUUUAUUCUGGAUGCAUAGCACAGACGACACAAACAAUAUCUAACACAUUAAAGGACCAAUCCAAAGUUGAACCAAUAACAAAGCGAGGCACCCUUGUUUUGGUAUAAAGCUUAGGGAUGGACCUGGAGAAAUGUAACCACUUUCACAUUAAUAGACAGAGCUACGGACUGACCAGUCAUAAUGAUCAUUUUAGCUAUGGACUGACCAUUCAUGAUGUCAUAAUGAUCAUUUUAGCUAUGGACUGACCAUUCAUGAUGAUCAUUUUAGCUAUGGACUGACCAUUCAUGAUCUCAAAAUGAUCAUUAUAGCUAUGGACCCACCAUCCAUGAUCUUAUAAUGAUCUGCUAUGGACUGACCAUUCAUGAUGUCUUAAUGAUGAUUUUAGCUUUGGACCAUCCAUCCAUGAUCUCAAAAUGAUCAUUUAAACCAUGUUUUGGGCUAUACGGGGUUUGUUUACAUUUACAAUGUUUCCAAACACUGGAGGAAAACAAGUUUAUAUUUUGGGGUUCUGAUGGAGUGUGACAGUUGAAAUAAUCUCAUGAGGGAUUAUAAAUGAAUAGUUUAAGAAUCAAUAGCGAUAUACAGUAUCAUUCAUUUAUAAGUCUAAAAAUGUAUGUUACAACUGCAGAUCGGCCCUUUAAACACUACAGUAUCAUAACAUAUUUACAUAUAUCAUUACAACAGUUCACAGUAACAGAGGUCAGAUAGGCCUACAGUUUACGUUGUUAAACAAUGUUUCUGCUUUACUUUUUCAACUGAUGAGUGAGAUGUGUAAAGGCACAUUGGAUCACUAUUAGUUGUACAAGGUCAUUGAUAAGUUGAUCUACAAUACAACCUGCCCCGCCACCUUCCUGUUGAAACGAGUAGUACAGCAUCAAGAGAAUAAUGCCCUGUGGGCUAUCCUAUUGAAUUCAAAAUAUGUCCAUAGAAUCAUCCCGCUGGGCACAGACAUCAGUUCAAUGUGAAAUCAACAAAACAUUUCACCAUGUCAUUGGAUUUAGGUCAAAAGUUUUAGUGAAUUGAAAAAAAAGAGAUUCCCUUACAUUUAAAUACUGUUUUCAAAUCCAAUCAGUUUUCCAUGUUGAAAUGACGUGGAAACAACGUUGAUUCAACCAGUUUUUGCCCAGUAGGAUUAUGACAGAAUUCAGACAUUCUUUUUUUAAGCUCAGGAGAAGGGCUGGUUUGGAUUGACAUCAGAAGUAAACAAUAUGAGUGUAUUGUUAUGUCAUAAUCUGGAUGUAAUCUGUGUGUAAAAUAUUGAAUUAUAAAUACAAACAGAACAAACUG